AUGAGCGUUGACCUCCAUAGGAAACUGACCGUCGUCGAGGAACUGGAGCUUCAAGCUAGAUACUUGGAGAAGUGUAAGGAUAAAUUUGUGUACGUGAAGCCCGCUGGUAUUUCUCUUUACUUCCGUGAAGCUAUUGCUGUGGUACGGAAAGACAACAAAGCACAUCUUGAAAAGGCUCGUAAGGUCGAGGAAAGUCUAUCGAAGCGCUAUACAGCCGCCGUAGUGGUGCUUGGUGACAUUGGCCGAAGUCCACGAAUGUGUUACCAUGCAUAUUCAUUGGCGACUGAACUUGAUUAUAAUGUAAAAUUGAUUGGAUAUCUCGAAUCAACUCCUCAUCCACUCAUUCACAACAAUCCUUGCAUUAAUUAUGUCGCUGUGGUACCUCCACCGGAUUGUCUUGCACGCCUUCCAGAAGCCGUGCAGUUGCCUUUGAAAUUUAUAUGGACGUUUUUAGUCCUUUCAUGGGCGCUUCUUUUUAGAGUCGGUUGGGAUGUAAAAUUGAUUCUGAUGCAGAAUCCUCCAGCAUUGCCAACAAUGUUUGUUUGUUGGAUGGUCGCUCGUCUGAAAAGCGCUAAAUUUGUAAUUGAUUGGCACAAUUAUAUGUGGUCUAUAAUAAAGGACAAAUAUGUGGCUUUAUCGUAUUUUAAUUCCGAUGCGAAAUUUUUUAAUGGUUUAUUUGUGUCCCGCAGAUACAUCGAAUGGGUGUAUCGUUGGGAGGGUGCCUGCGGUCGAAAAGCUGAUGCUGGUCUUUGUGUGACUCGAGCAAUGCGCGAGGACAUGCAGAAAGCUUGGGGUGUUCACGCCGCUGUAUUCUACGAUCGUCCUCUUAGUGUUACUCGUUUCUCAAUUCGAGACCCGUCCACUGGUCAAGUGCAAUUUCGUGAUGAUCGUCCGCUGUUGGUCAUCUCUUCAACCUCUUGGACGCCAGACGAGGAUUUUCAGAUUUUACUGGACGCCGUGAAGAAGUACAACGAUGUGGCGACGAUUAGUAGAAGCUCAUCUCCUGCUACGCGAUUACCUAUCAUUGUUCUCAUAAUAACUGGACGUGGACCAUUGAAGAAAUAUUACAUGGAGAAGAUUCAACGAAUGAAAACGGAGUUCGUUCGCACACUAUGGUUGGAAUCGGAAGACUACCCGUUAAUGAUUGCUACCGCUGAUCUAGGAGUAUCCCUUCACACCAGCAGUUCAGGAUUCGAUCUACCUAUGAAAGUAGUGGAUAUGUUUGGCGCUGGAAUUCCUGUGUUAGCCAAGCGAUUUAACUGCAUCGGCGAAUUAGUACAGGAUGGACAGAAUGGUCAUCUAUUUGACACGGCGACAGAUCUCUUUCAGCAACUUUAUACGCUAGCUACUGGAUUUCCAACACAUUGCAAGGCAAGCAUACUUCUCAUAUCAUUGACAAAUUCAGCACUAUGCAAGUAA